AGACGAUACAUUACCGUUGCCAUGCGACAACAUACCCUCACUUUCUGACCGUUCCAGUUCAACAUGGAUCCAUUUAGUGAUGAGCAGGUCGAACUUCAAGCUCUAGUCAGCAAGCCGUCUUGCUUCGUAAUCUUGGGAAAACCGGGUUCUGGCCGUACGACACUAGCGCGACGUCUGGCUGCGUCAUGGAGGUGCAAACUUGUGGAUGGGGCAACUGCACUGAAGCAGAGUAUGGAUGAUGGUACAGAGUUGGGACGCGAGGUGGAAUCCUUAUUGAUCAAAGGAGAAAGUGUUCCUGAAGACUUGGUGGCUCAGGCUAUUGUAGAUAAAAUAGUAUCACUGGAAAUUUCACAUCACGGUUAUGUGUUGGAUUGUUUGCCGUGUGGGUCUGAGACGUGGAAGUCAAUAGACGAUCAACUUGCUUUCAUAGAGAGUCUUCCGAUGAAGCCAGAUUUUAUUAUUAAUAUGAGAAUCCCAGAUGCAGAUUUGAAGCGGAGGCGAUUGGGUUUAAAAGUAGAUCCUGUGACUGGACUUAUGUUUACUGAGGCACAAUAUUCAGGACCACAUAGACAGACAGAUGAUGAUGAAGAGGAAGAUGACGAGAACGGCGGUAGUGAAGAAGGAGACCCCGAAGAGUCAGAAGAAAGAGACGUUGUAGGAGAGCCGGAUGAUAUAGAUCCCCUACCCUUCCAACCACUUGCCAAUGACGUUUGCCAACGUCUCACUAAGCGUCCAGAAGACAAGGAACCCGUUGUCAUGCAACAACUGCAAUGGUACCACGACAACAUCCUCAGGAAGGUGGAAGACUUUAUGGCAGCGUGGGACAGACAGAAACUCGUAGAACUUGAUGCAAACCAAGCACCAGAAGAACUCUAUAAGCAACUUAUGAUCAAACUUAGAUCGGACGGUCUUCAUCCUGCUUGUGUGCCUUUGCCUCUGAUUGAUGCCGAUGCAGACGACGACGAUGAAGAAGACGCUGAUGUUGAUGAAAUGUUACACCACUUGGCUAAUUCUCAUAACAUGGGACAAGGCUGUCGAUGGAGGCAAAGCAGAUGGAAAGAGUAUUGCCCGGUAGAGCUGCAAGCUGGCAAUUUAGUGAAAGGGAAAUCACGGUUUGCAGUAAGUUUCUUGGACAAGAUCUACUGCCUGUCAUCUGGUGUUGCUCUUCAACAAUUUAUGCGCUGCCCUCGUCUCUAUGUGAUGCCUCCCCAACCGCGACCAACAUGCAAGAUAUCAGUGUGUGGCCCAUCAAUGUCUGGCAAAUCAACCAUAAGUGCUUUACUAGCUGAAAAGUACAAUGCCAAGUUGUUGGAUCUUGAUGAGUUGGUAAAGCCACUGUAUGAUGUUGUAAGGAAUGAGCAGUUGCAGAAAGCUAGAGCUGAUGCUAUUCAUAAUGCAAUUCAAACUGUGACUGCAGCUGAAGCAGCAAGAGCAGCACAAAGCCAUGAAGAUGAAGCUAGUAGUCUAGGUGAUGACGUUGAAAGCUCAGGAAUCAGUCUACCUGACAUUUCUGAAGAUCACCCUGAUGUACUGGCUUCUGUGCAAAUGCAAAUGAUUGAGGCAGAGAAGAUCGAAACACCAAUCACUGAUUCUAUGUUUGUUGAAGCCGUGAAGCAAGGCAUCAUGGCAGUGGAGAAAGCACAUGAAGAAAGAGGCACACCACCUACAUUUGGUGGCUGGGUAAUCGACGGGUUUCCUCGAAACAAAGACCAAUGGAUGAUUGUCUCUGAACAACGGAAUCUACUUCCUGACGACAUCAUUUUCCUUCAGGACAGCAGUGAAGGCUUCAAACUGCUUGCUGAGAGAUACAAAUCAUUAAAACAAGGAGACAACCCACCAGAGGAGACGGCUACAAAGCAGGAGGAAACAGGAAAGGAUGCGGCUCAUGUGGGGGCAGAUGGAGAGGUUGACAGUGGAGAAAAGAAACAAGAUGAUCUACCAAAGGAAGAUCCAAUCGUGGAAGAGUAUCGCAAGCAACGUGUCGUCUUUGAUGGAAAGUGGACUCUACUUAGUCAGUCAAUCAAGGGGUUUGGCGUCGACCCUUUGGUUGUUGAUGCGAACCAGACUGUUCACGAAGUGUUGAAGUCAGCCAUGGCUGCCGUAGAAAAACGCUUCCAGUAUUUACCACGUGAAUACACUCAAGACGACGAGCAAGAAGACGAAGAAGAUGCAGAGGCAGAAAUCCCUAUCGACGAAAGGGUAGACGACGAUGACGAACAAGACGAAGACGCAGCACUGAAAGAUCGCAAACCAUGGGGAGAAACAAGACACUACUGUCCUGUUGCAUUGCAAGAACAAGCCAUACUGUGGCCUGGCAACCCAGAAUUGGCUUGUAAAUACAAAGAGAGAGUCUACCAGUUCUCAACACAAGAGUCAAAGGAUAAGUUCAUGCGUGAUCCAACAGCGUACUUACCGAGUGUCGAUCCAAUCAAGCUGCCACCUCUCAGGCUACUGAUUCUUGGAGCUAAGGGAGCUGGAAAGACAGAGCAAGGGCGCACGGUAGCAAAAGAACUCGGAAUAUUUCACAUCGAUUUUUGUGAGCGCCUGCAAGAGAUGAUAAUCGAAAAGACAGGAAAACGUGUGAACAGAGAGGAAGGAGCCGAACAAGUUGAAGAAGACGAGAGCGCUGAAGAUAAACCCGAGCUUACAGAGGAUGAAGAAGCAAUCCAGUCGUAUCUCAGUCACGACGUGCCGCUUGCUGAAAGUCAGUUGAUAUCAAUUAUUAAGCCUUGGUGGCACGAAGAGCCGUUAAAGUCAACGGGGUUUGUGUUGGAGGGAAUUCCAAAUACACCCGAUGAGAUGCAGAUGAUGGCUAAUGAGGGGCUGUUUGCCGACAUGGCGGUCAUGCUGACAAUUCAGGAAAAGGAUGUUAUCAACAGAUUGCUGCCUGGACGAGUGGCACGGUGGAGAGCUAAACGAGAUGAACGAGUGGCAAAGAGAGAGAAAGAGAGGAAGGAAAGGAUGAAAGAAAGGAAGGAGGCACGAGAAAUACUGAAGAAGGAGAAAACAGAAGAGUUCAAUAAGCAGUGGCAAGAGAGAAAGAAGGCUGCUGAAGAAGCCGAGAACGACUCAGAUGAAGAAAACGAGGAACUGCCCGAUUAUCACGAAGCACUCCAAGACUUCCUCGACGAGGAAAUGCCAGAAGAGGAGGAAGAAGAAGAAGAAGACGACGAGGACGAAACUGAAGAAGACGCAGUCGAACGGAUGCGUUCAGAUUUAUCAGAGAAAUACGACGACGACACGAGUCACUUAUCUCAAGUGAUGGAAUCCCUUGACGACCUACGAGUUUCUCGUGCAAACAUCAACGCGUCAAGAAAACCGUCCAUCGUACGUUACAGCAUCAGAAAGUCGCUGGAGAAAGUUGUAGAGAGACGGCAGAGCAUCCUAACUCGAUGUCUUCCAGUCGACGUGUACACUGCAAAGGCACUUCUUGCCUCCGGCUACAAACAGCCAAGUAAAUUCCGUCGUUGGUGUCCAGUGGAUCUAAAGAAUGAUGCAGUGGUGCCUCGUCCACAAGGCCCGAGUGUGGCAACUUAUCCUGUUGUGUAUAGACAGCAUGUUUACUAUUUGAGCAGCGUUGAGGCGCGUAGAAUGUUUGUACAUGAUCCGGUUAGUUUCUUGGAUCAACCGGCACCGGGACAACCGGUUCCGAUGAAGCUCUCGAUUAUUGGACCUCCCAAGUCUGGAAAGUCUCAUUUGGCUAACAGACUAGAGCAAGAGUUUGGGUGUGUCCGUCUGUCUAUUGGUAAAGCUCUCCGGCAGGUGAUGGAGAUGCAGCCAGAUUCAGAAUUGGCUAAGCAAAUCAACAGUUUUGUCAAAUCGGGUGUCACAGUGCCUGAUGAAGUGGCAGUUGAAGCACUACAAGUUGCACUUUUGAAUGUGCAGUGCCAAACAAGAGGUUACGUGUUGGACGGCUAUCCAAUGACAAAACAUCAAAUAGAACUCAUGACCGAACGUAAGAUCAUCCCAGUCAGAGUCAUUGAACUCGACGUACCAGAAGACCAGAUUGUUUCACGAGGCAAAAAGGACAGAGAGGAUCCAAACAGAUCGUUGCCCUUGCAUGACAGUGAUAGUAUUCUGAGAAUUCGCUAUGGCUGCUACCAGAAGGAGGUUGGGGACGUGACGCAGUGGUAUUCAUCUCAACACCACAACUACUGUAAGGUCAACGCGGCUCGGUCAAAGUGGUUUCUAUGGGAACAGGUUUUGAAUAUUAUGAAAUGCAGUGUGAACACCAUCAGGUCAUAUCUGGCAAGAGUAAAGGAAGGUCGUGCAGUCUGCAUCGCCGAUCUCUGUGUAACACCACACGAGUGCUUAUCUCGUCUCGGUGAAUACACCCAGUUUUGUCCCGUUAGCCUAAAUCGUCGCGGCGAACUCUUUGACUGCUCCAUCCACGACAGUCUCAAAUACACAGCAGAAUACAAUGGCCACUACUACAGAAUGUCAAGUGCAGAGGAUCUCCAAUCAUUUCUCGACACGCCAGACGAUUUCUGUGGCCCAAAUGCACCCAGACAACUUCCACCCAAAGACAAACUCCCACGUCGCCGAACAGAAGCCGAUGUAAAGGCAAUGUUUCCAAAACAAGUCGAAUUACAAGGUUACUGUCCAGUGACAUACCAGGAUGGAGACCUAAGGUACGAAUAUCUCGUUCCCGGCGAGAAACACCUUGUCGUCGAAUAUUGCAAAAAGUUGUACAUCUUUGCGAGCGAGGACAAACUCCAGAAGUUUCUCCGCUUGCCCGAGCAAUAUGCGAACCUGAGACUACCCAAGAAGCUGCCGCCCAUUCGAAACCCUUUCCCCGUUCGAUCUCUUCCCAUGCUCGGCUACAUGGAGCAGACGGUCGCCGAUGCUAUCAUCAAGGCACUGACAGCCGUGGGAUGCCAGAAACCCAAGUACCCGUUUCUCACUGCUCAGAGAUCAGCACAACUGUAUGUAGCAUAUCAUCUAAAAGCAUUUAAUCCAUGCUUGAGUGAAUACACGAGACAGAAGUACAAGAACGAGUUGGCAAGGUUUGAAGAGCAUUGUGAGUUGACAACGUACUUGGGUGGAAACAUGGACGAGAGAUAUCGACCGCCCGAAGAGAGGCCGAUCGAUUUUGACUUCAAAAUGAGACAGUUUCUUGCUCUCAAGGGCCAGGAACCACACGUACGGUAACUGUGUGAAGCAUUAAGCUGUAAAUGACGUGUGUGGGGGAUAACAUGGAGCAUUCACUUUCUGUUGUACAGUACAGGUCAGACUGAAGCAUACGGUAUGUGCUAUUUAGUAGGAUGACAUAAAUAUGGGAGAUUGAGUGUUGGCUGGUAAACGUAAUCGUGAUUGUUGACACUGUGGAUGUAGUGCUUUCACGUUUCUACCGAGUUUCCAAUUGUCAUAGCAUGUUUACUCUCAAUUCGAUCAUAACACAAUAUUAUGUAGCAUACAGUGAGGCGGAGGCUGCUGGUAAG